GUAUAUAAAGCCCAGAGAUCUAUAAUCUUGCGGCCAGAUCGUUAAGAAUGCUGAAGAAGAUUGUUCUCUUAUUUGCGGCCUUAGCCUUGGCUAAGGCGCAGAUCCCUCUUUGGGGAUUUUGCCCGGAAUACCUCCCUAUGGCAAACUUCGAUCAAAUGAAGUUCCUUGGAAUUUGGCACGAAGCUGAAAGAUACUUUCAAUUAUCCGAAAUCGUAUCACGGUGCGUUACCGCUAAUUACUCCAUCGGACACGAUCAAAAAUUGCGCGUCAGCAACGAAGUUACCAACAGAUUCACCGGAAUCAAGCGAGUAUUGGAGGGUGAAAUCAAACCACCCGCAUCCAAGUCCGAAGUUGGAAUACUUACAGUGAAAUACAACACCGUACCUCUGACGCCGGAGACGAAAUACUCCGUUUUGGAAACCGACUACGACAACUAUGCCAUCCUUUGGAGUUGUAACGGCUUCGGACCAGUCCACGCUCAGAACGCGUGGUUAAUGACCAGAGAACGUUACCCAGCGCCGGAAGUUUUACAAGAGGCUUACGGUGUGUUGGACAAGUACAAGAUCGAUAAGCGUUACAUCGUGAAGACGGACCAGAAGGACUGUGACCCGGGUGAACUACCCAGGCCAGGAUUAGAGCUGGUCAAACCACAAGUUGCACCAGCUGCCCAAAAUCAGGAACCCGCUGUUGCUCCCGAAAAGAAACCAGUUCAAACGGCCCUGAGAUCCGCGUCGGUAUCGGAAGCUGAAGCUGCGGAUGUUGAAGCCCAUCAGGAAGGAGUCGAGGUUCCGGUAGCAGCCGAAGAGCCGCUUCCGGUGGUUCGCGUCGCCAGCUUGGAAAAGGUCGAAUCGGCGUCCGUGGCCGAAGCGAAGCCCGAAGCAGCGAUCGAGGAGGCGAAACCUGAGGAAGUUGCCCCGAAGGCGACUGCCCCCGAAACUGUCCCAGAGAGAAUCUUGAAGGUCGCUGAGGCUGCGAAGAAAGAUGAAGCAUCCGAACCGGAAGCUGAAACAAACACCGUCGCUGAGGAAUCGAAGAACGUGGAAGUCGCUGUCCCCGUCGCACCCGAAACCGAAGCCCAGCCCAUAAGUGUCGCCGAAUUCGCCGCCAAAACUCCUCUGGUUCCAGAACCCGCUCUACCUGUCGCCGAAUCGGAAUCACCGGCGGUAGAACACAAAGCUGUGGAAGAAUCCAAGCCGAUCGAACAGUCCGUUAGAUUAGCGGAGAUCCCAGAGCCCGUCGAAGUUGCCCCGGCAGCGGAAUCGGUGGAAGAAGCGAAGCCCCUUGAAGCAGUUCCAGCUGUGAAAUCGCCGGAACCAGCGGCGGAAUCGUCGGAAAAAAUCGAGGCCCCAGUGGCAGUGGAACCGUUGCCCGAAUCAUCGCAGCCGUCGAAAUUAGAAGCGCCGGUGGAGCCGCCAGCAGUUUUGCUCGCGGAGCCAGAGAAAAUCGCCGAUGUUCCCGAACCGGUUAAGCUCACGAAGCCUGCGCUCGAGCAGCCUUUGAAGUCCAUCGAAGUUGCUGCCGAGGAACCAAAACUCGAACCUACCGCCGAAGUCAAGCACUGAAGUUUUCGGAUAAAUCUCGUUGAACCGACGCUUGAUUUUGGUACACUAAAAGACCUAAGGCUUAUCAUAAAGGCUAACGAUACUCCGCGCGGCUCGUAGCGGUCGUCGUACUCGAUAUUUGGGGACGGCCAGUCUCGCCGUACAAGUGCCAAAUAAUUUAUUUACAUAAGUUAAGACGUAUUUAUCUUAUAUACGAUCCAAUAUAAAAGGAAACA